AUGUCUGGGACUGGAACACGGCUACUCCCCACCUUCUGGUUGAAUGCGUCUUGGGGAAACCGGCUAAUCAUGAAACUUGACCUCAUGUCAGCCCCCUCAAACGAAGUUUUGGUGGCAAAUGACACCGUGGUUGGGGAUGUUGAACGUGCCGAGAAUAACAAGGCGUACAGGAGAUACGCCCAUAACCACCCAACUAAGGAGUUAGCUACUCCGACUGAUCUUGGCGCUUGUGCUCAAUUCAUCAUCUUCAAUACAAAGAGCAUGAGCGUCCGUAAGACAUGGCAUGAACUGCGCACCACUCUUGGUGAUGAGUUUUGUGCGGCCGUGGCUAAGAUCAAACAUGUUACCCACUUGAACUGCCACCCUAGAAUGGAUAUGUGGUUGCGCGGGGAUAUUGGUGGUACCUUUGCGCGUUUAUUACGCGCGAGGACUAAGUACCGAACACAUGGCUUUAGGGAACAGCUCAUUGAAACCUUGACCAAAACAAAUCCGGACAUGGCUCCGAAGGCGAUCGGUCUCCGAGUGAUGUCAUCAUGGCGGAUCGCCGUGUGGCAACCUUGGCAGGAUUGGGAGCCACCCGAAAAGGCACCUAAAGUCAGCCCUCGACCUGUAAACUCUGGUAUCUUGACCCUUAACAUCAAUGGAUUCCAGAAAAAGAAGGAGCUUGUGCAGGAUGUUUUACAGACGAACCGAAUUGCAGUAUGUGCACUACAAGAAACCCUAGUAGCACCCACACACUUUCCCCUCCGAAUAGAUGGGUACAACUCGUUCGUUAGUCCAUGGGUAGAGGGAUUUCGGGGUCAGGCGCUCUUAAUUGAUUUGUCUCUCCCUGCCUAUGAAAUCCCCCGUGCAAAACCUGAUACCCCCUCUGGGGGCCGUUAUGUUAUCCACGUCAAGGUUAGUGGCCUCAGAGAUAUCAAGCGACCGGUACACUUCCUGGCCGCUUACCUCCCAUCAGGAGGGAACUUUAGGCUGGAGCGGAAAUUUGCCCUUCAGUCAAUAGUUGACAGAUUUGACCACAUCCUAGAAAAAGAUCCGGGUGCGCUUGUGGUUUGCUUGGGAGAUCUAAAUAUCGACCAUGAAACACUUGACCGCCGGUUGAAACGUAAGACGAACAACGUGAUUAGGCUCCCCCCCGUGGGGUCGCCGCUGUCUCGCUUCCCAAUUUGGGGAACCGCUAAGGCUAUAGAUCACAUCUUGGCUAGCCCUCAGGCUUAUAACCUCUUACGGAAACCACGCGUCAUCCGAUCUGACUGUAUCAGUGAUCACCGUCCGUUGAUAUCCCAUAUUAGAAGCAGUAAAUAUGAGCACAGGAUAUUGCCCGCCAAAGUAUGGCGGACGGAUGCAAAAAUGAUUCGCAGAUUCAGCGAGCAGAUUGCCAAUGAUAAUUGUUGGGGAGUCUUCCAGGACAUGGAGAUUACAGAGUACGCAGAACUCUCGGAGGCUGCUGUGCUUUUCUCAAAAGUGACACACCAAGUUACGACUCACUUUGGUGUGAAAACUCAGUCCGGAUACCAAAAGACCAAACUGCCUCGGAAACUUAAGAACCUCCAAAAGAAAUGUGCACGUUAUGGCAAGGAAGUAGCGAAAGAGCAGGAGGAAGUCCUCUCCGCCUCACCUCGAAUUGGGGUGAGCGAGCUGCUUAUAACGAAGCACAAGCGUGCGAAAACUCAGCUUAACAAAGCCAAGAAGGAGUGGCAGCGCCGAGAGAAGGAGAAACUGUAUAGCCAAAUAUCAGAUGACUACGUUGCGCACGAUCAUAAGAACGUGUGGAGCCGUCUGAGAGCCCAAGUCGACACCAAGCUUCGAGGUAACAACCUCCAACCAGUCCAUAAUAAGGCUGGGGAACUCAAGGUGGACAUGGAAGGGAUUUUUGAUGCUAUCGCGGAACAUUAUCGGGCCUUGGCCCACGAUGACCCCAAUGGGAUCUCGCAGAACCCGGAACACUGGGAUGUAUGGCACAAGUGA